CCAAACUUCGAGGAACCAAAGGUGUCCAAACCAGCAAGACGACACCUCUGCUCCCAAUGUGGAAAGAGUUUUAACCAGUUAGGAAGCCUGAAAGCUCAUGAGCGAAUACACACAGGGGAGUUGCCUUACCACUGCUCCCAGUGUGGAACUAGGUUUACCAGAUUAGGAAGCCUGAAAAGACAUGAGAGGAUACACACAGGAGCGAAGCCACACCAUUGCGCCCAGUGUGGAAAGAGUUUUAACAAGUUAGGAAACAUGAAAUCUCAUGAGCGAAUACACACAGGGGAGAAGCCUUACCACUGCUCCCAUUGUGGAAAGAGUUUUAGAGAGUCAGGAAACCUGAACGCUCAUAAGCGAAUACACACAGGGGAAAAGCCUUACCGCUGCUCCCACUGCGGAAAGCGUUUUAACCAUUCAGGAAAGCUGAAAGAACACGAGAGAAUACACACCGGGGAGAAGCCUUACCACUGCGCCCACUGUGGAAAGAGUUUUAACCGUCUAGGGGAUCUGAAACGGCAUGAGAGAAUACAUACAGGAGAGGAGCCUUACCACUGCUCCCAGUGUGGAAAGAGUUUUAAGGUUUUAGGAAACCUUAAAGCUCACGAGAGAAUACACACAGGGGAGAAGCCUUACCACUGCUCCCAUUGUGGAAAGAGUUUUAACGAUUCAGGUUACCUGAAAACUCAUGAGAGGAUACACACAGGGGAGAAGCCUUACCACUGCUCCCAGUGUGGAAAGAGUUUUAACCGUCUAGGGGUUCUGAAACGGCAUGAGAGAAUACAUACAGGAGAGGAGCCUUACCACUGCUCCCAGUGUGGAAAGAGUUUUAAGGUUUUAGGAAACCUUAAAGCUCAUGAGAGAAUACACACAGGGGAGAAGCCUUACCACUGCUCCCAGUGUGGAAAGAGUUUUAACCGUCUAGGGCAUCUGAAACGGCAUGAGAGAAUACACACAGGGGAGAAGCCUUACCACUGCUCCCGGUGUGGAAAGAGUUUUAACCGUCUAGGGCAUCUGAAACGGCAUGAGAGAAUACACACAGGGGAUAAGCCUUACCACUGCUCCCAGUGUGGAAAGAGUUUUAAGCUUAUAGGAAACCUGAAAGCUCACGAGAGAAUACACACAGGGGAGAAGCCUUACCACUGCUCCCAGUGUGGAAAGAGUUUUAAGCUUAUAGGAAACCUGAAAGCUCACGAGAGAAUACAC